UUCUGGCCCUUUUGUCCACAUAUUGUCUUAACGCCACAAGUGAUUCGCCCAUCGUGUUUAUAUGUCCACCUGUUGCGCUUCCAGCUGACUCUGUGACAGACGGCUGAGACGCACAGCUCUGCGCAUUCCUCAAACACACUGCGGCUCGGUUGGGUGCCAGACGCAUCCCCGUCCUGACCAGCCCCAAAACAUCUGUAAUGGAUGUUUGGAUCGCUUGGAAAUUUCAAGAAACUUUAAUCCAGCAAAGCCCUUGUCCGUCCAGCAUAAAGAGGACAGAAAGCAAGAUAUACAACAACCUCUUUCUCUGAGGACUACAGUAGGAAGGAGAAGUGCAACAUGCAGGGGUGUGGAAUAAGUACUGGGCUGCGCUACAGGCUGACUCUGCUCACAGGGAUGCUGGAGUGCCUGUGCUUUGCUGGUCUGGUGUUUGGGUUUGCCUCUCUGGUGUUCGUGCUGAAGGCGGAUGGAUACUUCAGUGAGCUGUGUGUCAGCAGUCAAGACACCAACAGUACAGACUGCAGCAUACAGGAUGAGCAGUUCUCACUGAUCUUCACCAUUGCCUCAUUUCUCAACAACUUUAUUAAUCUACUUGUUGGGUACCUGUUUGAUCGAUUUGGCACUUUGGUGACCAGGGUACUGGGCAUCUCUUUGUACACAACUGGAACCAUCUUGGUGGCUGCUUCCAAUGCUGCAUUUUCAAACCUGCUUUUUCCUGCAUUGUCCUGCAUCGCUGUGGGAGGGGUUCUAUUCCUUCUUACGAACAUGCAGAUUGGAAACCUGUUCCCUGAUCACCGUUCCACCAUUAUCACCCUCUACAACGGUGCCUUUGACUCUUCUUCUGCUGUGUUUCUCCUCAUCAAGAUUUUGUAUGAACACGAUGUUUCCCUCCGCACCUCCUUCCUUAUCUUGUCGUUCUGCAGCAUCAUACACCUGUUAAGAACCUUUGUGCUGAUGCCUCGGACCCACAUCCCCUACACUCUGCCACAGCACUACACCUAUGGAUGGGAUUGUGGAAAUGGAAACACAUACAAUGUGGAGCAGCUUGAGAAGACAAGGGAGGAUGGCAAGGGAAGUUCACAGGAGUCAAGUGGGAAGGACAUCGUGCCCCCAGCAGCUGAGGAUGGUACAGACUCACAAGACUCAGAAAAAAAAGUGGAGAGUUUCUGGAGCUGUGUGCUGUCCGGGUUCUUCAUUCUGCACCUGCUGUGGUUGUCUGUAAUGCAGCUGAGGCAUUACCUCUUCAUUGGCACACUCAACCCCAGGCUCACCCGGCUGGCUAACACUAACCCUGUUCUAGUGAGUCAGUACACCAAUGCUUUUGCAAUGACCCAGAUGUGUGGAGUGCUGUGUGCUCCCUGGAACGGACUCAUCAUGGACAGACACAAAGGGAAGCCCCUAGCUCUAGGAGUAACAGAGCAUGAGGCAGACCUGCACUCCUCUGUUUUGUCUCUGUUCCUGACCUGCCUGCAGUGCCUGCUGUUCUCUGUGUGUGCCUCCAUUCCUCUCCUCCCACUCCAGUACCUCACCUUUGUUCUGCAAGUCCUCAAUCGCUCCUUCCUUUACGGGGGAACCGCAGCAUUCGUUAGCAUUGCUUUUCCAGCGUCUCACUUUGGAAAGCUCUACGGCAUGGUGAUGUCCUUGUCUGCCAUCGUCUCUCUACUGCAGUACCCCUUCUUCGCCCUCAUCAAAGGAUCUCUUGGUGGAGACCCCUUUUAUGUGGACAUCGCUCUCAUAGUUCUGACUCUGCUGGUGUUCAGCCAUCCUGCCUAUGUCUUCAUCCACUGCAGGAGAGUCGCUCGCGACAGAAUGGACCAAACCCAGGCUAAGGUUGACAAAGUCACAGUGAUGGCUGAGGCGAAGUUAUAGAAGCAUAAACACUUGCAUUAGGUUUGCAGACCACAGCAAGAAGCCUCGCUUUUCAGGUUUUUAAUGCUUUACAGGGCAGAAAAUAUAUAUUCUGACUUGUCCAUGUCUUCCUAUAAAAAUAGAUGAAGUUUUGUUUAUUUUUUACAUUUUGUUUUUGUUGUUUUUAUCCAGGU